CCCCAGGUGAUGCCAGCCCCUGUGCCGUGCUGACCCCGAGGUGAUGCCAGCCCCUGCCCCGCUGUCCUGGCCCGCUGAGGCGUGACGACGGCGGCACCACGGCGGGGCUGGCCCGGCCCACGCGCUGCAGGGUGGUCAUCUACCUCCAGAAGGACAUGUCGGGGGACACGUGCCUGGGCAGUGCCCUGUGCCCCGCCGUGGGCCACAAGCCCAAGGCCGGCGGGCUCAAGGCGGGCAGCCUGGGGAACAAGUACGUGCGGCUCAACGUCGGGGGCUCGCUGUACUACACCACGGUGCAGGUGCUCACCAGGCACGACACCAUGCUCAAGGCCAUGUUCAGCGGCAGGAUGGAGGUGCUCACCGACAAGGAAGGCUGGAUCCUUAUAGACCGUUGUGGGAAGCACUUUGGAACAAUUCUAAACUAUCUCAGAGAUGACACGAUUGCACUUCCAAAGCACAGGCAGGAGAUCAAAGCGUUGAUGGCAGAAGCCAAAUACUAUCUCAUCCAGGGCUUGGUGGACAUGUGCCAAGCAGCCCUGCAGGACAAGAAAGACUUGUAUGAACCUGUCUGCAGCAUCCCUAUUAUCACAUCUCCAAAAGAAGAGGAGAGACUGAUAGAGUCAUCAAUGAAACCUGUUGUUAAACUGCUGUAUAAUAGAAGCAACAAUAAAUAUUCCUACACCAGUAACUCGGAUGACAACCUGCUGAAGAACAUCGAGCUGUUUGACAAGCUGUCGCUGCGCUUCAACGGCAGAGUGCUGUUCAUCAAGGACGUGAUCGGGGACGAGAUCUGCUGCUGGUCCUUCUACGGGCAGGGCCGCAAGCUGGCCGAGGUGUGCUGCACCUCCAUCGUCUACGCCACGGAGAAGAAGCAAACCAAGGUUGAAUUCCCCGAGGCACGAAUUUACGAGGAGACACUGAAUGUGCUGCUGUAUGAAACACCCCGGGUCCCAGACAACUCCCUGCUGGAGGCCACGAGCCGCAGCCGGAGCCAGGCCUCGCACAGCGAGGACGACGAGGGCUUCGAGCUGCGCGACCGCGUGCGCCGCAUCCACGUCAAGAGGUACAGCACCUACGACGACCGCCAGCUGGGCCACUAGCCUGUCCUGCAGCGGGGCCACUAGCCUGUCCUGUGUGCCAGCCCUGGCCUGCCCUGCAGCACAGCCUGCCCUGCAGCACAGCCUGCCCACCUCACCUCCUUGUCCUUGUGCAGCAGGGAGGGAUCCCUGCGCUGCCCACCCCUCUGCACCGGGCGCCUCGGCCCCCCAGAGAAGCAAACGGGGAUUUGUGUGCACAAAGCAGCACUAAAGGCUUGGAGAACUGAGUUGUGCACCUUGUGCUUUACCUGCAGGCUGGCUCCUCUUCCUGCUGGGGAGGGGGGAUUUGGAAUGCUGGUUCUCAGUUUGUGGUUGCUCUUUCCUAUGUAAUGAUUUGCCAGUUUCCCCCCUGCCGUGAGCAGCACUGCUCUUCCUGACUGAGGUGGUGUGGAUUGAAAAGCUCUUUCCAGACUGCUGCCCUUUCAGGGCUUUGUAUAAUGGAACUUGCAGUUAUUCAAUCAAGAGACUGAAGAGAGAACUGGAAUGUGGCUGCUCUUGGCAGACACUACAGGGGAUAACCCCAGAGGAACACUGAGCUGACCAGUCAGCUGCACCUGUGCUCUCCCACCCCUGUGAACACCUGCAAAGGUUUGUGUCCCAGGAGAGUGGCUUUAAAACUCAUUGAUUCCAAGGCAAGCUCUUCCAAAGUGGUAAGAAUCAAGUUAUCAGCCUCCCCAUGUGGAAAAUGGAGAUCUCUGAAGUAAUGACUUGUCCUGGGAGAGGAGAAUGGGUUUGGUGACAGAAGGAGCCUGACGUAAGCAAACCUGAGCAGGUUGUGGCAGGGUUGCCCUGGUUGAAGCUUGUCACAGUGAAAUCCUGUUUAUAUAAACAAGGGCAAUCUGGGGAAUUGGUUUUACAUUAGUUUCCUCCUGUGGCCUAGAAGUGCUAUUUAAUGUUAAAUUUCUCAAGCAGCAGGGGAAAAAUUGCGGUGGCUGGAGAAGUACAGGCUAAACUGUUUUCUAAGGCUAGAACAUGUGAAUUCAAGUUCUGUGUCCUGAAUUCCUUCUGGAGUGUAGAAGUUAAAGAAGAAAAACAACUGUGAAAAUAUUGUUCUAGCAUGGAACUGCAAGAGGCUUUGGGCACAGGAGAGAGAUGGCUUAAGCUGGAUUUUAAACUGAAAUAAUCACUUUUAUUACGAGUGUCUGGCUGGGUGCUGAUUGUACAGGGCACUUCAGGAGGUGGGAGUCAAGUCUGCUCUGCAAAUGGAAAUUUCUGAAAAUUUGCUGGAAACGGUUUCAAGUUUAUUAUGAAAAGCCAUUACUGUAUUUUUAAACAUUUGCUUGUAUGUUUGAGCUGUAGGCAGCAGCUUUGCCACUGUCAUCCAUGGUUGUUCCUGCUGGCUGCCCACUGGGAGCCAGGGCUAUGUUGGGUGUGUUCCACAGCUGCCUUUGUGCUCCCGUGUCAUACUGGGUCACAAAGCUCCAGAUUCCACAGUGGUCAGUCCUGGACUGCUUUGGCCAGUGCCAAACCUACCUGUAGGAUUUAAAGAAAAUUGCUGUAAAAGCCUGACAAGAAAGCAAUCCCAAAUUAAUGCAGGGAGAUCAUAAGGAGAAUUGAGAUGUAGGUGGUUUGGGCGUAAUAGAAGCAGGAGAGGGAGCAAAAAAUUAUUUGCACUCAUUUAGGUUUUUCAAAAUUAAAUUGUUGUGGGUUGGUAAGAAAACACUAACAGACUUUUAGGAUUUUCUUGCCUGUACAUGGCAGGAUUCACUUCAUUCUCCUCACAUUCAGGAAGCAGCAUUGCACAGGGAUCGACCCGCCUUCUUGUGAAAGGCCUCUUGAAAUCUCUAACAAUCCUAACAACCUCUUUUAUACUGCUUUCUGCAAGUUUUUGUUUUCCAGCUGGUUAUUCUGUUUUGCCAGGGAAAAUACAGCUGUUGAGAUUAGUUCCAACAAGAUUUUUGUGGCAUUUCUCUCUAAUUCUGCUGGAGCGUGAUGUGGAUUUUUAAAAUUUUAUCCCUCCACUGAUGCUAUUUAAUUUGAAGGCACCAGCAGAGGCUGCAGUGAUGGGUCUGUGCUGCAUUUAACAGCUUCAAGUUAUUGUCUUGUGCUUUUUCUGUCUUGUAACAAAGGCUGAUGCCAUUUAGAAAACACAUGUGGCACUUCUGUUUCUUGGCAAAUUAUUUAUAUUACUUUUUUGUUACUGUCAUAGUGAAUGUUAACAAAAUAAGUGAUGCUGAUAGCCUUGCAAAACUGCAUUUAAAUGAAAUUAGAAGCAGAAAAAUGUCAUAUUUGCAUUUAUUUUUUUGGGGGAGGACAGGUAUGGGAAGUGGUGUGUGAAAGAGAAUGUCAGGUCCAUUUGCUGCUCCAGAGGUUUUCUGUACUCACAGGAUUUAUUAAUGAAAUGGAUCCAACUUGUCAAUUAUUGCACUGUAAGAAGCAGAGAAAAGCUGGUGUUUUGGUUUCGUUUUCCUUUCCCUAUUUCCCACAGCCAAGUAGUAUUUAUUUUGAAUUUAGAUUAAUUAACCUGGGAAGCAAACAGUUUUGAGAACCAUCUGGGUUGUGAGAAUCUUUUACCAAGUGCAGAGGAUCUUCCUGGUAUUGUGGAAUGUGGAGUGAGAACUGUCAGCAGUAAUGAACACGGUUAAAACACCUGCAGACAUCCUUUUCAUUUCACUGUUGUUCCUCCUGAGUCUGUCUGGACCUGCUCCAUGGGGUGUCACUGGAUCUCCCUUGCCCCAAAAUCAUGUCCUGGGGUUGUCCAGUCUCUGUCCCACCAGGUUCCGAUCAUUUUGAGUGCUGAAGUUGUGAUGUAACAUGUGCUUUGUGUUCUCACCUUAGCCAGUCCUUACAUAAUUGAAGGCUAUUAAUUACUGUGACAGGAAUGUUCCAGACAUUCUGGAAGCUGAGUUUGCAGCCUGGUGUAGUGCAGAAGCAGCAGCAGUGAGCAGCAUGAUGCAUUUAAGGGCAGCAUUGGUGGGUUUGCAGUGAGCUCUCCGAGGGUCCUCUCUGCUCACAUUAAGCACAGAUUAUGACAACACAGGUUUCUAAUUAUAUGCAUUUGUCUGCAAGUUGAGACUUGUACUGCCUUGCACCCAGACCAUCACAGUGGGUGCAUUAAGGAUGUGCCCAGGAAUUUGGAGUAGCCUUUGGGAGAAAAAAGAUCCUCUUUGCCCACUUGGAGGGUGUGAACAGCACUGCUGUCCUCUUCACUCCUAAAUUCACAAACCUUUGUGCACUCAGGCACUGCCUGGCAGAGGGGCGGUGGGUGGGAGCCUUUCCCUGCCCAGCCCUGUGCCAGAGGGUGUUUCCCAAAGCAGUGCCAUGGCCCUGUGCAGGGAGGGAAGCUCGCUGUCAGUCGGUGCCUGCUGGGCAGCAGCUCUGGGGUCGGUGUGAGUGAGAGCAGAGCUCUGCAGGGCUCAGCUCCGAGACAGCAGCCCCUGCUUAACCUUCACCUUGACAUUUUGUGUUUUCAGCUAAAGGAGACAUUUACCCUGCUGAAACGUUGCACUCCAGUGACUUUCAUCUUUUGCACUUCUUGGUUAAAACAGAAAAUCAGUGAUGGACGGGGCUGUGCUGGCACUGGGAGCUGUGUUUGAGUGGCCAUUGCUUGGUUUGAUUUUGUUCUUGUCGAGGUUUUUCAUUUCCAGAGUUCUCUCCAGGCAGUACUGGGUGGGUGUGCCCAGCAGCCCCUGCCUUGCACAAUCAGGCUGUGCUCUGUGACAAUCCUGACACUCAGUGCUCACAGCCCCUUCCCCCGUGCUGGGAGGGCUCAGGUGUGCCCGGCAGGUGAGUCCUGUGCCCCUCCCUCGGGCACACGGACACACGGCAGCUCUGCUUUCUGUGUGCCUGUCACUGCUCAUCCAAUGCAGCGGUGGUGAGACCCUCCCCUACCUCACAGGGUGGCUGACACUUAAUCCAUUUAUUGGGGGUAAAGGAUUCUUUUGGGUUUCUAUGAUAUUUUAUAUCCAGAGGAUAGCAAAUAUGAUUGCUGAUCUUGUGUAAACUGAUAUUCUGUGAUCAAGUUAUUUUCUUAGAAAUUCAAAUCUUAGAGAUUUGUUUUAUUUUCAUGUCUAACUUUUAAGGGUCAGUUUUACAGACAAAGUACCUGGUUAAUGCAGUAAUUAAUCAAUUACCUGUUGAUUAAAGUGUUUCACCAGUGCAUUAAAUGGAAACAGAACACUAAUUUUUAAUAAAGUGAUAUAUUUUGUCUCCUGUGA